AUGUGUGCAGAAAUGAUGGAUAUCACCAGAGAUGAAUCAAAAAGAAUCCUUCGUAGGCUAGGUUAGUUGACCUUUUAAUAGUUGAUUCACCUACCUACAACUGUAUUAGAGUAUCAGAAGUUGCAGUGUGAUAAAAAUAAUAUUACUAAUAAUAAUAUUGAUGAUGAUUAUGAUGAUGAUGUUAAUAAUGUUGUUGAUGAUGAUGUUGAUUAUAUUGUAGCACAAUGUACAUUAUUAUUUGUAGAAACUACUAAAUUAUCUUUUUUUUAUUUUGUCUUGAAAGCUGGAAGGAUUGCAUUGGUUAAUCAUGUAAUCAUAAUUUCUUUUCUUUUUUUUUUUCAUUUAGAGUUAGAAGCAUAUUCUUCUAUUAUCAGUGCAUUCAGGGCCCAAGGAGAAUUAAGUCGGUCAGUUGAUUUGUUUGUCUUAUAGUAACAAUGAAGUGUCUCCAAUUAGUGCAACACUUUCGGUGUGCUAGAAGCUCUGACAUGUUGAUAAAGUUGUUGAUUGAUUGACAGUUAUAAUAAAAUGCCCAAUUAAUUUUUUUAGGUAAAAAUGUACUUUGAUUAAUUACUGCUUGUUUAUGAUGUGGAAUUUUUUAUAAGAAAGGAAAUCACAGUAUGGAGAAGAUUUGGAAAUUAUCAGUGAAAACUAGUAAUGGCGGUUAAUAUUAUAGCUCCUAGACUGCAAGCAGUCUCUUAUUUUCUUUUGAGCAACAGUAAAUCAAGAGCAGGCACCCUAUAGCUCCCAGCAUAAAGUUGAGAUAUGUCUAUGAAUUUUACUUGCUAUACACUUUUUUCUGAAAUGUUGGCAAAGUUCACUAUUAUUUAAUCUUCUUAAUAAUUGGCCUUCUAUGUUUUGUUUAAAAUUGAAAGUCUUUUUUUAACUCUGUAUAUGCAAUUAAAGCAAACAAAGCUGAUUAACAUAAAGAUAACAGAAAGGAAUAUUGCCACCAUUUUGGAGAAAGGUGUAUUGUGUCAAGCAAAGAAAAGCAACAGUGGUGAUUGAUCUGGGAAUGGUAAUUUUGUACUCUAUUUCACCAACAACAAGAAGGGAAAACUGCUAUUCUCAUUCUUAAUGCAUUUUUUUUUUUCGAUAAAUAGGGCUAAAAAGAAGAUUUUGCAGGAACUGGGAGCUCAGCUCAGGUAACUGAAUGAAUUGAAUUCUUCAUCUUACAUCUUACCUUCCAUUGUCAACUUCUGCUGCAAAUUAUUUUUCUACUUGCCAUGGUGGUCAAUAGCUUGGAGGGCUGAACACUUACGUUACCAUUGUUAUUUUAUGAUUAAUGUAUUAUUGUACAGUCUCAAGAAUGUUAGUUCAUAGUUCUCCCCACAUAAAAUUUUUAAUGACCUUCUCUGUAACAUACAUAUUAUCCAUUUCCUUUUCUUGGGUUUGGAAGGUUACCAGUCAUUUUUGUACAAGUUAAUCCUUCAAGGUGUAAACAAUUUAAAUGUUCUUGGCUUAAAGAACAAAGAAUAUUCACCCCCACAGGGAUGUAGCCGGAAGCCGGGAAAAUUACCCGGCUGUGAACGCGAUUUUUCCAGCUGUAAGGCAAUACUUAUUUCUCCAAAAUGUUUUUAAAUGUUGUCAGAAGAUUGUUAUUUAUUUAUUUUGUUUGUUUACACCUUCAUUGCUGUCUUACCUGAACUGAAAAGAUUGUAAACACUCCAUUUAGUGCAACGAUCGUGUAUGUCAACAGUCCAGUUCAUCAUAACUUUAUUACCUGUUACCAGAUAAAAGUCUGUGCUGAAUGCCAAGGAAAAUGCAUCUCCAAGAGUAUGCAUUAAUUUUUCAAAAUUUCCCGGGGGAGCAUGCCCCCGGACCGCCCUAGAUAAAGCGUGCCAAAGGCAUGUUAGAUUGGGCCUUCCGCCCAAAUACCCGCCUAUCAUUGCUAGAUUCCCACCUGUUAAAAACUUUAGCUACAUCCCUGCCCCAAUUUUUUCUUGUUCAAUUGCAAACUUUACUUGAAGUGACCGAAAUUUUUGUGCAGUUUCACUGCUUGAGUUCUCGUAGCAAAAUGAGUUGUAUUGAAAUGACUUUGUAUCAAAACGACCAGAUUCUGUUCGGAAGGGUAGGGAUGUUUCCUGAAAAUUACAUGAUGCAGGUAGAAUAAUCAGGGCUUGAAAAAGACUUGAAUUCCAGCUUGUCCUUUGGGCAAGAAGCUGUCAUAUUUUGCUUGCCUGUGGCCACUUCUUGCUGGCCUUAGUUUAUGAUUUUGUUCGAGGAUGACCUUUCCUGGACCCUUGCCCACUGGACAAGUAAGCUUUAAAAGUUACUUACCCAGCAAGAAAAUCUUCUUGUCCUGGACUACCAGGCAGGACUAUUUUUAAGCCCUGAGCCAUAUGUUUUUACAACUUGAUAUACUGAUCGCUCUAAUAGUGAUGUGUGACUAAGUCACUAAAAGUCUUUUGGCACUUUAAAUUUAAUAGUAUAUCCACUGAACGCCAUAGAGCUGAGGUGCGAAGAGCCUAUAGUGAUGACAGAUUGGCUAUCGUGGCGGAAAGGUACAGUAGGCUUCAAUUUCCCUGAACGUUUUAACUCUUCAAUACAAAAUGUAAAUGCUAGGCUUUGUUAACCAUGGCCAUCAAUUAAAAAAGUCAAGAACUACGCUCUUUUUGCAAGAAUUCAGUAACAUAAUGGUUGUUUGCAUUUUUUUGUGAAGUAUUUAUGGUGCUGGGAGCUGUGCUGAAUGGGCGGCAGAAGGAAGAAGGCUUGUUCCCUUGAUGCCACGUCUUGUGCCUCAAACAGUGUUCAGUGCUUCAGCUACUGCAGCAGCUAAUUCUGCCGCUGCAGCUAAUGCUAAGACUCCAGCCUCCUCAGGUACUGUUCAUUAAACCUGUUGAUAUUGUUACAUUAACACGCCCUGGGUUCAGCAAAUACAGCAAUACGUAAGAAAUGUACCGCAAAAAUGACAAGUUUUGACUGUUUUUUAUUCCGAUUGCUCCACUCUUCACACACUUGUAAGAUCAGAUAUUGGAGAACCAUAUUUGGAAUGCAGCAUGCAGCAUCACACUACGCCAAGUCACACGAUGACCUGGUACAAUAAUACCAGAACACAAGGGUGCAUAUAUGUACAGGUCAUGAAAAUCAUGAAAAGAAGAGGAAAUUUAAUGCUUCAAAAUCCAGUCAAAGGCUGUGUUGUGAGAAAAAUUGAAGGGAACUUAAAGUACUCUUAAACUGUUAAAUCCACAUUUCCCAGCAUAUGAUUUCUAUGAAAAAAAUUAAGAUCCUCCAGUUACCUGGUAACAAAAAUUAGCAGGCAGUAGGGGCCACUGGACAUUCCUAAAGCAUGGCCUUGCAGUCCUGGAAAUCCUGAAAUAAGAUCCCUACACUUAAGAAAACACAUUUCUUGUCCCAUUUUUAGGCAAGUGGCAUCACUAUCUGGCAAAUGUACAUCAUUAAUUUGUUCCCAUCCACUUGCCACUUUAGGGGCUUAUUGUAUAGCCUACAUGUAGCCGCACCCUCCACCCGGACAAAGGAAAAAUGGAGAGAGGGAGCUCCCUCUGUCCAUUUUUCCUUUGUCAGGAGUAGAGUGCAGCUAAACUUAGGCGUAGGCUACUUAUUGUGCCAUUAAUUUUAUUUUGCGUGGUCCUUGCUUUCACUGUCAGGGUUGUUUAAUGUCCCUCUUGAGUGUUAUCACUGUCCUGUGUUUGAAAGCCAUAAGUUUUGUUUGAUUUGUUUUGAUUUUAUUUUCCUCAGUCAACAAAGCUGGAAGUAGUUCAAGUUCACUGAAUGCCACCACAAACUCUUCAUCUUCUUCCAGUCCGCAAAACAGCUCUAAAGCUGCAACUGUGAAACAGCAGACUCAAACAGGUUAACCCACUCCUCUUUUGACUUCACCCUCUGUUUUAUGAAAUCAACAUAAUUUUACAAUUCUGCUUACUGAGUACCACUGGAUGUCACAAAACUAAGAAGAUGCUGUAAGUGGGGAAACAAAGCACUGUUGCAGAUUACAAGUGAUAGACUUCAUUCUAUGUCAACGAAGUGAAUCAAAAUUGUGCUUUUCUUUAGCAUUGGAGGCAUGCAUGUGAUAUCAUUCUUCUGAUCGCCCACUAUUUUUUUUCUUUAAAGUGUUCUUAGUCUCUUUUCUUAAAUGUAUGAAGAGCUGAAGAUUUUCUUGUACACCCCAUAAGCAAACGGUGGCUGUUUUCAUUCUAUUUCUGUUACAGAAGUGGUCAAAUUUGAUUUCAGGUUGAAAUAUUUUACCUUAGGUUGAUUCUCCAUCUCCUUUGUCUUCAGGUUCUAGGGCUAGGAGGCAAAGGAAAUUGAGUACUGAUAUUAACCAAGGUUUAAUCAAAGUUAACUGGAAAUCAAAUUUGACCUGUAUCAUUUCUCUUUACCAGUCAAGAGAACAACUUGAAUAGCUGAAUGGUACCACUAAACUGAGAGGGAAGAAAACCUGAGUAUAAGAGCUUUGAACAACUGUCUUUGGAAAAGUUUUAUAAUAGGGGUCUGCCCAAGGGGGGGGGGGGGGGGGGGGAAAUAAAAUGACUGACUUAUUUAUUAAUGUUAUAACCAUCAUAGGUACGGCACAGGGGAGUGAAGCUGAUGGUUUUGACGAUGAUGGUAAACCAAAACGAAAAAGACGGCUAAGUGUAUCAAGUCUGAAUAAACCUGUGACAAAAGUUACCAUUCCCACUCCUACUUUGGUGUCAAAAGCACCAACUAAGCAGACCACAUCAGUAAGUACUAUGACCAAGUCUGGCAAAGCUCUCGGACCUGCUGGCACGGUUAAACCAGUUCCGCGUAUGUCACCACUCCCUGCCUCUUCAUCACAGGUGAAGCUUCUUACUAAGACAGUGGCAGUGUCGCAGGCAAUCUGUCAAGCAAAGACUGUUCUUAACUAUAAAACUAUGACAACUGUUGCAUCAUCACCCGCCAAAACGCAAACAGCGAUGACUCAGUCAAUUCCCAAGAAUCAGAGCAAAGUUGCCUCUGUUUCUGCUCCUAAAGCCGUCUUGGCAUCAAAGACCCCACUGUCAACAGUGGGCAAGGGUGUGUCCACUGGAGCAGCAGCAAACCCAGUGGCCACUGCAAAUCCGAUUGGGGUUGCUCUUAAAACCAGUUUAACAGCAGCCCAAUUGGCUUCAAAACAAAAAGCAAAGCCAGCAGCAGCCAGAUUUAAACCUCUUCCAGGAACUGUUAAAUUCAAGUCUGUCACUCCAGCUACCAUGGGAACCUGUUCAACAGUUACCAUGGUAACUCCCAGUCCUAGUUCUCAGGCCUCCUCGACCUUGCCAGCUACCAGCACUCAACCUGUAGUUCGAGUCAUUCAUGUCCCAGGAACAGGAGGUGUUGGUGUGAGCAAGCCAGUAGUUGUCAUGACAACAGGUCUCACCAAAACAACAGUUGCAGGUGUUGUGCCUGGAGUAAGCAGUGCGGCCAGCUUAACAAAGACAACAUCUCAGGUAAGAAGAUUGUCGCUGUUCAUACAAAAGGCUUUUAAUAAAAAUAAAUAAAUUGACUUAUAGGGGAAACACAUUAGGCCAUUUUCAAGUUAAAAACUCUCACUUUUAAAACAAGGCUAAGUGCAAAAUCUCUCUUAGCUUGUUAAAAGUGAGUUUUAUUUGUGUGAGAAUAAAAAAACCUUUUAAAUCAAUGGCUUGGGGCAACUCAACAAUGGCCUAUUACUGGUAGCCCAGUAGUUUUUAUUUUGGCGCACAAAUACAUUUGUAAGGACAGUGACAAACAUUUGAAAAUAAACAUAACAUUGUAAAGAAUCCCAGCUGGGAGGAGGCUAACCAGCUGACUAUUUACAAGGUUGACUGAGGAGUUGAACGUGGGACUUCAGAGAACAAAUCCAGCUAGGGGCUAGGGCAGGGAUUGAACUUGUUGCCUCUGGAUUGCGAUUCCAGCACUGUAACUGCUUUGCCAUCCUAAUUGAAUUAUGCAGAACAAGGGAGGUGCUGUAAAUAAAGCCUUAAAUCAUCUGGUAAAAAGGCAAAUAAUGUAACUCUUCCAAAUGUUAACUGUGUUAGCAAGUGCGAAGAAGUUUGUCGAAUUUUAACCCAUCAGGUCCCAGUUGUUCAAAAGGAGGAUAACUCGAUCCAUCCACCGGAUAAAUCUCUAUCCAGUGGAUAAUACAAUCGGUUUUCCUAAUACUUAUCUGCUGGAUAAUGAUGUAUCUGUUGGAUAGUGCUAUCCAACGUUUUUGCAACCGGGACCUGAUUAUUGAAGAAAUAUUUUGAAUGAAUAAUAUGAAGUCUUAUUCAUUGCAAUCUUCAUGUUAUUGUUGAUCAGCUGACUCAAAAUCCUUCAAGCAACAAGACUGUAGCCUCGACAUCUACCACUUCAUCUUCUCUGUUGAAACCCAAAGUUUCCAGUGCAGUAACUCAAGCAGCACCAUCAGCAUCAAAAACUGUUGUCAUGACAACACUAGUAGGUGGGACAAAGAGAGUGGUUCUCUCCGUCCCAGCUCCCUUGCAGCCUGCUCCAACGGUUUCUGCCCCCACUACCUCCUCCCAGGGAAUUGUCGUCACUAAGACACAAGGUAAAUGGUUGAAACAAAUCACCUUUUCAGUUCCGUUGUGCUUUAAAAACUAUUGUAUGGCUAUUCAGUUUUAAUAUGCAGCUAGGGUUUUUGAGAAGUGAUGUGAUCAGCAUGUCACGAGCACUGGACAAAGAAAAAUUGGAUCAUUUUACCUUUCUGGGAAACUGCCCACCUAACCCUCCCCCUAAGCCAACAUUAACUCUUAGUUCUCACUUAAGGCAAAAUGCUGGCUUAGGGGAGCGGUAGGUGGGCAGUUUCCCAGAAACAUAAAAUGAUCCAAAAAAAACUGAGUCCCCAACAGGAUUUGAACCUAUGACGUUCUGUACACCAGUUGAAUGCUCUAACCACUGAGCUACAAUGGACUUCUGGAGAGCUGGAGUAUAUCCAAGGUUCAUGUAUGACAUGCAUACUGCUAGGAUCAGCAAUGUUGAAAUUGUCAUGUGUGUGGUAAUAAAGAAUGACGGAUUUUACUCUAGUUAAACCCUGUUUAAUACCUAAUACGGGCACUUAGGUGGCCAUAGGAAGUGUCUAUAUUAACAGGAUGUCCAUAUUAUCAGGGCUGUCAUUAAGAGCUGGGGGCUGGGGAUUUCCCCUGGCUACUAUGAAUGUGGCCCCCAGCCACUUUCAUUUGAAAAUAGAAGAAAAAUAAAACCAAAAGAAAUCCCUACCUGUUUGAUUCCCCACCUACUUGAUGUAUUUACCCGGCAACUUGAAAUCUUAGUUACAACCCUGGUAUUAACCCUUUAAGUCCCAAUAGUGACCAACAGCAGUUUUCUCCUAACGAUAUCCAUACAUUAUCAUGAGAUUAGGUUAUGAGAAUUAAUAAAAUGAUCACCUAAGAGAAAAUACUUUGAUCUUUUAUCAAAUUCUCUUAACUAAUUCUUAAAGGAAAUGUACAGAGAUCAGUUUGGAGAAUUUGUAGAUGUAUAUUGGGGUUUAAAGGGUUAAGCUGGUUGAAUGUAGAGAAAAUGUAAAGGCUUUCUUCCCCCAGGGGAAAGUCCGUCUAUAAUAAUGAGGUGUCCAUAAUAAGCAGGUGUCCAUUGUCCAUAAUGGUUGGUUUGACUUUAUUAUGAAUGUGAAGAGAUUUUUAAAAGGAUGUUGCAAGUGGCAAUUUACAUCAGAUUUAAUAUUUUAGAGUUUUUAAAAAAUGGUGACCAACUGUCCCAUAACAUAGUUUAAUGCUCACAAUCGGCGACAAAAUUGUUGAGACAUUGUACUCCAAUAGGGUAAAUUCAGAGAACAAAAGAAUCUGCACCCCUAACCCUGUCACCCUCCAUUCAAAGUUGGGGUGUUUGUUGUUUUCUAUAGGUAGCUCAAACAUCGGCACAACAUUGCAUGGAGAGGAUGGGGGAAGAAAAGCUAUAUUUCCUCCUUUUGAAGUUAGUAAAACAUCAAAAAGUGCAGUUUUGGGCAAAGUGUCUCAACUCAUUUUGUCGCUGAUUGCAGGUUGAGAAAAUCCUUUGCAUGCUUUAGAAAUAGGUCCAGCUAAAGACCAAAGUCCAAACACAGAACUUUUUGAAGGAAGCUUUUUUAAUGGAACCCUCUUUUCACUAAUCUAUGUAACAAAUUAUUUAGACCUUAGAAUUUUUAGUUUCAGUCUGAAUUAAAGUUUUAAGUACACAAAAUAUGGGAUUUGCAAUAGAGUACUUGAAGGAUCUUACUCAUAGGGAUUAAAGGAUUAACAGCUUAGUAAUUACCUUUUCAAAGGCUGCUGGACCUUUGCAGUUGAUCUAUUUUUUAAAAUAUAUUUUAGGUGUUGGAUUGACUACCCUUGCUGUCACUUCUAAGAAGGACAAUAAAAUUGCUCCAGUUCUAACCACUGUCAACAUCAAGCCAUGUCCUACCCAAAUAACACCCAGUCUGUCUGCCCCAACUGUCACCACGCAAGUUAGAUCAAGACCCCUCCCAGCCAUUCUUCCUGCCCCACCCAAACCAUCGAGCAUGACACAAGCACCAUCAAGUGUCACUGCUGCCUCAAGCAUCAGAAAGCUUCCUACCAUCUUACCAGCACCAGCCAAGAAUGUAACUGUCAUUCCAACUGUCUUAGUUCCCAUGGCAACUGGUGUGGGUGCACAUGCUGGCGCGCAACUGCAGUCAUCAGUGCCGCUGGCUGUUAGCACCACCAUCUCUGGUGUAGGGAUGCCGGGUCUGAAUGAUGUUGCAUCACAGCAGUAUCCAUCUACUUCAGAGUCGAGUUUGAUUUCUGCCGAUCAGAGCAACCACAGUUCAGUUAUGAACGAAAAUAGUGAAUUAUCGGAAGUGUCAAGCUCAAAAAUGCCUGUGAUAAAUGAACCAAGUUGUGUGCCUGAAGGAGACAAUAACACAUCAUCUGAAGAUGACUCUCUCCUUAUGUGCUCAGAAACAAUAGACAACAGCUGUAGUAUCACCGAGGCCCCAUCAGCUGUUGAUUUUUUUACAAGUGUAGCAGAGAGCACACCCGUUAAAGACCUAGCUGAAAACAAUGCAGUUGAUCUGUCACAAACGUCGUUAGAUUCAACUGAGGAACAUGAAGCAACUCACAAAACAGGAUUAGGCCCAUUGUCUUUGCAAGAUAUUGAAGUAUCUGUCUCUGAUUUAGACGCUGAAAAUGGAGUGCAGAAAGACUUGUUCAUUGAAGCAGACUCUUGUGAAAAUCACACCGAGGCAUUUGCAGAAUCUAUUGAAAAUGUCACAGUACAGAGACUGGAUGUUUCUGGGGAAAUUUCUGAUAUAGCAGUGGGUGGUUUGUCUGAGGAAAUCUAUGCCGAAUCAGAUGUGGCUGAUCUUGAAGAAGAGAAGGAUCACAGACAGGAGGAAGAUUCAGAUCAGAGCUUAUCUUUGGGGGAAACUCAUUGUCAUGACAAAACUGUGAGUGUAAAAGAUGCUGAAGAUGGGUUGCCUGUGGAGAAUCCUGGAUUACCUGUGCAGAAUGCAUUACAAAUAAUUGAAAGUUUCGUGGAAAGCAUGGAAGCAAGCUCUGGAGGCCAAGUGGAUGAUUCGCAACUUCCAUCCCACAAUUUUUCUUUAGGAUUCGCUCAAUCUUCUAGUUUGCAAAAUUCAUCUCUGCCUGAAGUUCCUGGAAAUACCUCUGAGAAAGGAAAUGAAAUCUGUGAACAGCUAACAGCUGUAGCAGAUACUGUCAAAAGCCUUGGGGAAGGUCAAAACUCAAACCUUUUAACAAAAUUUGAGGAAGAGAAUUGGGACUCUUCAGAUCCGCCUAUUGAUGUCCUGUCUACUUCCACAAGCAGUUCAAACAGUGCUUCAGAGAGCAUUGAGUUGACAGAGAAGGAAAUCAAAGCUCUUGAAGCCUUCGGUAGUAUAAGAACGAGUGGAAGAAAAAGGAAACCUCCAACAUCUCUUGAUGUGUCACCACCAAGGCAAGUCAGUGGCUGGGUUCGUGGUGCUCUCAGGUAUGUAACUAUAGCUUGUAUAGUCAUUUACCUGUUGAAGUUUAUUCUAUCAACAGCAUUUUAGUGGUAAUGGUGGCGGUAGUGGUAGUGGUGGUGAUAAUAUACGUGGUAUUUUUGUGUAGUAGUAGCAGUGUUGUCAGUGGAAAUGCUGGCAGUGAAAGCGGCAGUAGCAGCAUUGGCAGCAGGUGUAACAGGCCAAUGGCAGUAGUGGUGGUAAAACUUAGCAUCAUCUGAAAGCAUCAUCUGAGAAGUGUAUGUAAUUAGAGAGAUUUAGAGGCAGGUAUACAACAAACAGAAAACAAUCAUCGUAUUCAUUAUUGAGAAUUAUUCUCGAAAUAGAAAAAGAGCAGAUAAAAACACUCCAAAACAAUUCUUAUGGAUGAAUCUGGUGUCAAACUGAAUGACAUGUAAAGGGACAACUUGGUCGCAUGUUACAAAUUCAUGUUUGCCAUUUGCUGAAAAGUGAAUUGUAAAUCUCUUGACUAUUGUCUUUUUGGUAUAAAUAAAAUAAUAUGACGUGGUAAAAUGAGAUAAUGAGAUACAAAGUUCUUGGUUAGUCAAUAUUCAUUUUCUUGAGCCAAGCACAUUUUAAUAGUUUAAUAUUGUUCAGACCCUCUGAGGUUAAAUCUUUUGAACCUGGCACUGUUUUGAUUCAAGGUAUACUGGUCCAAGUAUUGAAUGCAGGCAGUGCUUAUAUUGACAAUAACUUUAUUUUUAAUACCAUAAUUGUUUUGCAGUUUGCUGCAAAAGGUUGCUAGUUAUCGAGGACAAGGAAGACGGAAAGGUGACUUUGGCGCUGCUUCCUGGUUCCUCAAACCAGGUACCUUAUAAAUACAAGUCUUCUCCUUUUUUUUUUCUUCUCCCCAAAUAGAGUACCAUGGGAGGGGCAGUAUGAUGCUUUAGUAAAGUAAAACAUCUCAAAUGUCAGAUCAAGUGUCAGUAUUUUAGUCUUGGCUCUGUCAUUAAAGUAUUUUUUCUAAUCUUCAACACACUGACUCUCACUGUCCACUUGUAAUGAUAAGUACUAGUCAAGACUUAUCCACACAUAAUGGUGUUUUUCCCUGUUGGAGACCUCCUUGGCUUGCGAUUUACUUGCAUCUUGUCUGGAGGGAAUUACAGGGUGUAGAAAUAAUCUUAGAGACUUAAUACCACAGAAGCUUUGCCAAGCUAAGUGGAUAUCCUGUGGCUCACAUAGUAAACCCUUUGUUGUGGUGUCAGUAGUGAGUUCUUUUCUGAACCUCACCCUUCAGGGGCACCCAACGAGAAUAUAGUUCAAAACCACUUAAAGAUAGCUUGUCAAACGUAUUUUAGUAUUUAAACGGUAGAUAUAGGCAUAUUUUUAUCCCCUAAAAAUUUUUCAUCUGUUCGGAUUUCCUAGCUGAAAGUCUAGUGAUCCGAAAAUUAUAGGGAUCAAAACUUACCUUUUCGAAAGUUUUAGCCAGAAAAAAGACUCCCGAAAAUUCUAGGUGACCUUUUUAGGAUAAAAAUCCGUUAAAAAUAGGCAAUUAUACCAAUUUUUAGAUGUCCGAAAAUCCUAGGAGAGGCAGGCAAACAAGAAAUUUUACAACAAAUGUUCCGAAAAUUCUAGAUCUCAAAUCGUCUUCCGAACAGAUAUUUUUCCGAAAAUUGUCGUUGGGUGCCCCUGACCCUUCGCUUCUAAUAAUGGCAAAAUGAAAAAUAUUUUUUAAAAAAUAACUAUUUUGCAAAAUCCUGAUAUUUUUAUAGUGCUAUGCAAAAUUCCUGCCAGCAGGUUUCAUUUGAAUGGUAACACCAUUAGUAUUUAGUCCACAGAUGCAAAAGUUACAUGUACAGUGGGGAAUCUUCUAAGCAUAACUAAACUUGUUCUACAGUGUGACUGAAAAAGUAAACCAGUUCAAAUUCCCUCCCAAGAGAUUACUCAUUGUAAUUCUUUUGACUCAAAGGAUGAAAUCCUAUAUGGUAUAACCCUUCUGGUGAUGGCCACUGAGCAGUACUUUCUCAUAGAACAAGAAAUUUGUUAUGUUAUUUGCCAUGAAUUCCAGUUUAAUUCUAACAUGUUUUAUUGUUGGCAAUUCCUACUUACAGUUGACCCAGUAGAUGCACCUGGCUACUACAAAGUCAUUAAAAAUCCCAUGGAUUUUGGCACGAUAAGAGUUAAACUAGAGGUUAGUCAAAUUACUUUUGAAAUUAUUCUUCUACUUACAAUAAUAUUACAACACAAUGGCACCAUUUUAUGAUUAUGUUAUUUUCAAUGUAUUUAUUUUUCAAGUUGUAUUUUAUCCCUGGAUGUAAGGACACACCUUGUGAACAUGACUUAGAAUACUUAAAGUUCUUAUUAUUGUUACAUAAAAGUUAUUUAAAACAUCUGACUUGUCACUCAUGAAUGCUAUUUUCAGACUGGAAAGUAUCAGGAGUAUUCAGAAUUUCAUGCUGACAUGAUGUUAGUGAAAACAAACUGUUUAAAGUACAACCCACCAGGGCAUGAUGUGCGACAGGUCAGUGCAUAAUAAUACUAGUAUUAGAUUCUGGGAAGCUAAACUGCUCACCUAUCCCGCACUCCCUCAAGCCAUUGUUAACAUUAACUUCUCAUUCAAGGCAAAAGGUUGAGUUAUAGGAGGGGUAGGUUGGCUGUGCCCUAGAAUAUUUUACUGAUUCACUAUUUAUCAUACAUCGUUCUAAACUGGUUGAGCAAGUUGAAAUGAUGCUUGCGUUCUGAAUGGGUACCCAAAAGGACAGGAUUGGACUGGCUUGCCUGCUUUGGAUUUUCUGCUACAUUUCCCACCUGGGAAAUACUUUUUAGACCUAUGUAAUAAAUCCUUUAUCAUUAAUGUUGUGUAAAGUUCUGGCCUUAUGGUUGCAGGACUGUGAGGAAGUUUUCCAUUUUUAUGAAACAGAGUAUGGGAAAAUGUUGGAAAGAUGGGAAAAGGUAAUUUGAAUAAAUAAAUUAAUCAAUAAAUACAUGGAUAUUUGGUGCUUGAUUGAAUUAGAUAGAAAAAUAAAAUCACUCCACUGUUAAAAUAAUUCUGCCAGGUUUUAGCUCUUAGUUCACAAAACAAGAGUAACAAACCAAAUAUAGCUACAGUGAUUAAAGAAUCAGGCAAUUGGUCAGAAGUCACUUUGUCUUGUGAUGUCAUCUUCCUAUCUACCCCUCUAAAGCAUAUUGCCCACCAACACUUCCAGGAGCAGUAUCUAGGGGUGUGUGGGUGGGGUUAUUCAGGUGCCCAUGACACCUGCAUCUUACUUUCAUUACUCCUCUUCAUUCUUACCACCAUUAUACUCUUUUUAGAAAGCUACAAUCGGUGACAAAAUGAGUUGAGACGCUUCGCCCAAAACUGGGCUUUUUUACGUUUUAUUACCUUCAAAAGGAGGAAAUAUAGCUUUCCUCCCCCAUCCCCUUCGUGCAAUGUUGUGCCCUUGUUCUAGCUACCUGUAGAAAACAACAAACACCCCAACUUUGAAUGGAGGGGACAGGGGAGGGGUGCGGAUUCUUUUGUUCUCCGAAAUUACCCUAUUUAAGUACAAUGUCUCAACAAUUUUGUCGCCGAUUGUAGUUAACUAACUUAGAAAAAAUGCCACUCAUACAAUAGUGAACAGCUACCAGUAGUCUGGCACCAUACAAACAACUUAUUGAUGGACUCAAGCAAAACUCUCAAUGACAGAAUGACUGAACAACCAACAGUUGGACUAACAAUAAACUAUUGUUACCUAAACUGUGACAAAAGAUGGGUCAAAACGCACCAACAACAUUCAGAAUCUUCGUAGCCAAUAACAUCAUGGCUUAACUGACAGACAACCAAUGACAUCACUACUUAAUAGACCAAUCAGGUCAAUAACCAGAAUUCAAUACCAUCACCUCACUUUGACUCUCAAGAUGACUAUUGCACAGGUUGUCAAAACCCCAGUCAGUGUCAAGAACAGUUCUAUUCAGGAUUACGCUGACCUGGACAAUCAGGCUCCAGCUACUUAAGAAAAGACUCCUGGGUUCAAACCUUUCACAGUAAUGCUCCUUUUGUACAAUACAAACUUUGUAUCUUUUUAUCUCAGCUUUUCUGUGACUUGUAAGCCCACAGCAAAUCAUAAUGUUGGUGGGAACUACUAUAAUGUGCCACCCUCAACACUGAAAUGAUGGAGAUUAUAUUAUAAGGAACAUUGCUAAUUAUAGGUAUUGUUCGAGUGAGGCCUUAUUAGAACUGCUGUAAUUGAAAAUGAAAGUUAAUCCCUGAUAUGAUACUGUUGAUCCGUGAUAACCUGGGUGUAACUUUCAUUUUUUUAAUUACUAAACAGCAAUUGAAAGCCUCACUCAUAAUAUUUUACCAUUAAUUUUCAAACUUGCUGCUGAAGGACAAUAUGCACUGUUUCUGAUUAUUUUUGCCCUUGUCAUUAAUUUUAAUAAUUUUGUUAUAAUCAAUGGCCUACUGUCACAACAGAUAUUUGACUCAUAGGGCAACAACCACUUUGUUUUAACCUGUCCCUGUUAAAGAGGCUUGUAAUAACCUAGGUUUGGAGUUCCUGGAUAAACAUUUAUUUUUGUUAACUGCUGCAUUCAUUUGUUUUAUUUCAGUGUCAUGUUUCUCCAGCAAAGAAGCCAAGACUUACAACAAAGUCAGAGACCUCCACAUAAGAUGUGUAAAUUCUCAUACACAGUUUUAUUAUAAGCUAUGCAUGAAGAUAUGCCUACAAAAUGUAAAGAAAAAAUAAUGUACAUUUUGUAUAUUUUAACUACAAAUUAAUGGUUAGUGACAUACUUCACCUUUUAAUACUAUGCUCCUGAAUGACCUCAUAGAAAUUUAACGUCAUGUGAUGAAUACUGAUAAACUUAAGUUAUAUGAUAAAAAUUCACCAAUCACAGAUCACAAACUUUCCUUCUUGCACACCAUGAGCAAACCAUACCAUCAAACAGUUGGAAUUUGAGCCGAAAGGCUAAUUUGUUUGAAUGUGUGAGCUCAAAAACAUCAAAAGUUUUUAUUCUAUAUGUGAGGGACUCAUGCCUAAGAUGAUUUCUCCUCCGCAAAGGCUCCCAUAUCAUAGGAAAAAUAGCAAUAAUCGAAAAAUUAAAAGAAAGUGCAUGGGGGAUGACGGGAAGAGGGCUUCCCUUUCCAUUCUCCCCAGCCUCCCUACCACACAGAGGCCUCUGCAGAGGAGUCUGAGAGCCUAAGAUGUAAGAGUUGGCAGGUAUACUUAACCCUUUAAGCCCCAAUAUCCACAUACAAAUUCUCCAAACUGAUCUCUAUACAUUUCCUUUAAGAAUAAGUUGGGAGAAUUUGAUAAAAAGAUCAAAGUAUUUUCUCUUUGGUGAGCAUUUUAUUAACUCUCAUAACCUUGAGUUUUCUCUUGCCAAUGUAUGGACAUCGUAAGGAGAAAAUUGAUGUUGAUCGCUAUCGGGACUUUAAGGGUUAAUCACCUUUCCUUAUUUAAGAAAGAAAAAGCACUUUCUGGCUAAUUGAGAUGAGUUUUAAAGAAUUUUACACAAAUAUAAGGAACAAAAGUACACUGACUAUACCUUUAGUUUUAUAGCCUGCAUAGCAGCCAGACUAAGACCUAGACAGAGAGCUCUGUACAGUCCAUGUCAGGGAGUUAGACUGUCUGCAAUGCAGGUUAUGAGAGAGAUGACACUGUCGUCUACUCUUCAAAUUCUGUUUAAGGUCUCUGUCUUUGUGUCCCUUUGCGAGGAUGUUAUUAAGGUCUUGUUUUUGCCAUUAAUUUAAGUUCUUGGUGUCGUCAUUAACCCUCUUGUACAGAUAAUUCCCCUUCAGACUGCAACAAUUAAUGUUGUAAGUUGUUAUUCACUGCACAUAGAAGGCAAUAGCCUACCAAUUUGUACAGCAUAAACAGUCAAAACUUUUUACAGGCGUCUUUGUGGGUCAAGCACCUCCUAAGAGUUAAGUUCCUGUUUGUUCCUCAGCCAGCUCUGUAACCCUCUUUAAGAUGGAAACCUGUCCAUAUGUGGACACUUGGUGCUGGUCCCAAUACUUAGAGAGGGAUCAUUGUCAACGUUUCCAUAUUUUUAAUAUUAUUAUUAUUGUGUAUAUUUUUCAUCAGAAUGUGUUAGUCUUCACUGUUCUACAAGCCAAUAAACAGUGUAUGAAAUCUUG